AUGCUGGCAGAUGCCUUUGAACCGGGUUGGCGAUCCGCCAAGCCAGUUCUUCACUGCAGUGGGAGGGACUGGUGCCAGUGCAAAGAAUCGCUGACUGUCCGCUGCUGCAAGUCUCCCUGGGUGGUGGAGGUGGACAUCCAAUGUGACGACCACGUCGCUCCGAAACCCGAGUUCCAAGCUCAGCUAGCUGAGCCAACAGGUUUCAGGGGCAGCAAUAGCAGUAGGAUUCGGAGCAGCAGUAGUGCGAAUGCUUACUAG